UGAACUAUGACUAAUGCAAGUCUAUAUUAAAUACCACGUCUUAAGGGAAAACCUUCACACAGAUUCCUGUGUAUCCUUUUGAUGAUAGUUCUCCUGUUUCUCUUUCCUGUCCCAGCUCACUCCUUAGUCAUACUAUGUUAGUACAGUCCUGCUGGCAGGCCCUUGAGUAACUCCAUGUCUGAGUUCCUAAAAGCAGAUUUCACUCAGCCAGUUGCCUCUUUUGCCGUUUUAGACAUGGAAGUCACUUUAUGAUAAGCUUUUCCUGCUCCUUCUUCCUCUUGUCUCACCCAUCACCUCUUUUGUCCACCAACGUUCCAUUCAAAUGGAUUGUAACCACCCGGAUCAUUCAGCAGCCAAACCAAGUCACCCACCAAGGGGAAGGUCCCCCAUGGGGUACUUACCCCUUCCAGACCCUUUGUGAGGAAAGCAAGAUUUCCUCCGUGUGGCAGGAAUCAAUUUUCUACUUGUUUGGCCUUGUGAUUGAUAAGAUGGGAAGUUUGGGAGAACUGGAGAGGAGAUGGCAGUUUUAACGGAGAAAAAGCACUCAGUAGAAACUAUGCCUUCUGCCUCCUUCGGGCGUGUCCUCCUUCUGGGCAUCUCUUCAGGAUUUCAUUCCUCCCUCCAACUGCCGCUCACAACUGCCCUUUCCAACUGCUCCAGAACGCUUGGCCCUGGCAUUCCGUGAUGUAAAUUAUUCCACGCAUGGCUCGAAAUGGGCACGAAGCAGCGUUGCCAGGUGUCGGAUCACUAGUUUGUCAUGGAUGAUGAUGAUGACUCGUGUCUCCUUGAUCUUAUUGGAGACCCACAAGCACUGAACUAUUUUCUACAUGGACCUAGUAAUAAAUCUAGCAACGAUGACUUGACUAAUGCAGGAUAUUCUGCAGCCAAUUCGAAUUCUAUUUUCGCCAACUCUAGUAAUGCUGAUCCUAAGUCAUCCCUCAAGGUGGUAAGCAACCAACUUGGAGAAGGGCCCAGUGAUGGACUGCCACUUUCAAGUAGCCUUCAGUUUCUUGAAGAUGAACUUGAAUCUUCUCCUCUCCCUGAUCUCAGUGAGGACCAACCUUUUGACAUUCUUCAGAAAUCCUUGCAGGAGGCCAAUAUCACUGAACAGACUUUGGCAGAAGAGGCAUAUUUGGAUGCCAGUAUAGGUUCAAGCCAACAGUUUGCACAAGCUCAGCUUCAUCCUUCUUCAUCAGCAUCCUUUACUCAGGCUUCUAAUGUUUCUAAUUACUCAGGUCAGACGCUUCAACCUAUAGGGGUGACUCACGUGCCUGUCGGAACAUCGUUUGCGAGCAAUACAGUGGGUGUGCAACAUGGCUUCAUGCAACAUGUGGGGAUCAGUGUUCCCAGCCAGCAUUUAUCUAAUAGCAGUCAGAUUAGUGGUUCUAGUCAGAUACAGCUGAUCGGAUCAUUUGGUAAUCAACCUUCCAUGAUGACUAUUAAUAACCUCGACGGAUCUCAAAUAAUAUUAAAGGGCAGCGGACAGCAAGCCCCACCAAAUGUGAGUGGGGGACUUCUGGUUCAUAGACAGACUCCUAAUGGCAGCUCCUUGUUUGGGAGCUCCGGCUCCAGCCCAGUAGCACAGCCUGUCACCGUUCCAUUUAACAGCACGAAUUUCCAGACAUCUUUACCUGUGCAUAACAUCAUCAUACAGAGGGGUCUUGCACCAAAUUCAAAUAAAGUCCCCAUUAAUAUCCAGCCAAAGCCUGUCCAGAUGGGUCAGCAGAGUACAUACAAUGUGAACAAUCUGGGAAUACAGCAGCACCAUGUUCAGCAAGGCAUCUCUUUUGCCUCUGCAAGCUCACCCCAGGGCUCGGUGGUUGGUCCACACAUGUCUGUGAACAUUGUCAACCAGCAGAACACAAGAAAGCCAGUCACCUCACAGGCGGGGAGCAGUGCUGGGGGUAGCAUCGUUAUUCACUCUCCCAUGGGCCAGCCACACACACCCCAGAGUCAGUUCCUCAUACCUACAAGCCUUUCGGUCAGUUCGAACUCAGUACACCAUGUUCAGACCAUAAAUGGGCAACUUCUGCAGACUCAGCCAUCUCAGCUCAUUUCUGGACAGGUGGCCUCAGAGCAUGUCAUGUUGAACAGAAACUCUUCCAACAUGCUCAGGACCAGCCAACCAUAUUCUGGACAGAUGCUGAACAACCAGAAUACUGCCGUCCAGUUAGUGUCUGGGCAAACGUUCGCCUCCUCUGGAAGUCCGGUGAUAGUCAAUCAUGCCUCCCCUCAGAUUGUCAGUGGACAGACGCCCUUGCAGCAGGCAUCACCAACGGUGUUACAUCUGUCCCCUGGGCAGAGCAGCGUCUCCCAAGGAAGGCCGGGCUUCACCUCCAUGCCCCCGGUGACAAACAUGGCAGGGCCCAACCGGUUCCCUGUUGUCAGCUCGUCCAGCACUGCCCAUCCUAGCCUUGGGUCUGCGGUUCAGUCUGGUGCGUCAGGAUCAAACUUUACGGGAGAUCAGCUGGCCCAGCCAAACAGGACUCCAGUACCAGUCAGUGCGUCUCAUCGUCUUCCAGUUUCUUCUUCCAAAUCUACCAGCACCUUCAGUAACACCCCCGGAGCAGGAGCACAGCAACAAUUCUUCUGUCAGGCUCAGAAAAAAAAUUUGAAUCAGACUUCCCCCGUUUCUGCUCCCAAGACCACAGAUGGCCUGAGGCAAGCGCAGAUCCCUGGCCUCUUGAGUACCACGCUGCCAGGGCAAGAUUCUGGAAGCAAAGUCCUACCGGCAUCCUUAGGAACCACACAGCCACAGCAAGAAAAAGUAGUUGGAUCAUCUCCCGGCCAGCCGACUGUGCAGGUGGACAGUCAUUCGGGAGGACAGAAAAGGCCAGCUGCCAAACAACUAACUAAAGGAGCUUUCAUUCUCCAGCAGUUACAGAGGGACCAAGCCCACGCUGUGACACCAGAUAAAAGUCAGUUCCGGUCACUGAGUGACGCGGUGCAGAGGCUGCUCUCCUACCACGUGUGCCAGGGCUCCAUGCCCACUGAGGAGGACUUGAAGAAAGUGGACAAUGAAUUUGAAACAGUUGCCACUCAGCUCCUGAAAAGGACCCAAGCUAUGCUUAACAAGUAUAGAUUCCUGCUCCUGGAAGAUGCCAUGCGGAUCAAUCCCUCUGCAGAGAUGGUAAUGAUCGACAGGAUGUUCAACCAGGAGGAAAGAGCUUCUCUGUCCCGCGACAAGCGUCUAGCACUUGUGGACCCUGAGGGUUUUCAGGCUGAUUUCUGUUGCUCCGUCAAACUUGACAAAGCUGCUCACGAGACACAGUUUGGCAAGAGUGACCAGCACGGCAGUAAAACAACCAGCUCUCUACAUCUGACCGCCAAGGCCCAGAGCAGAGACCGAGCCAAGCCGGGCGUGGCCGAACCAACGAAUCAUGACCAAUUUCAUCCAGUGCCUAAUCACAUCGUGGUCUCCGCGGAAGGAAACAUUUCUAAAAAAACGGAAUGCCUCGGCAGAGCACCGAAAUUUGACAAAGUGGGCUUAGUGCAUUACCGGAACGCGUCUGAAGAGAAGACCAGCCGGAGAGACUCCGCAAAGGCCAGCGAGUGCUCGCCCGGCCCCGACGGCCACCGCAAAAUCUCGUCCAGACCAGAUCACGGUACUGAGAGCAAACUCUCCGGUAUCCUCGCCGACUCUCACUUGGAGAUGACGUGUAACAAUUCCUUCCAGGACAAAACUCUGAGGAAUUCUCCAAAGAAUGAAGUUUUACACACAGACAUCAUGAAAGGGUCGGGAGAGCCGCAGCCCGAUCUCCAGCUCACUAAGAGUUUAGAAACGACCUUUAAGAACAUCUUGGAACUCAAAAAAGCUGGGCGGCAGCCCCAGAGUGACCCCACGGUUAGCGGCUCCGUCGAGUUAGAUUUCCCCAACUUUUCUCCAAUGGCUUCGCAGGAAAACUGCCUGGAAAAGUUCAUCCCGGACCACAGUGAAGGCGUUGUAGAAACUGACUCCAUUUUAGAAGCAGCUGUAAAUAGUAUCCUAGAGUGUUAAUAGCAGCAGCCCUUCCCCCACCCCACCCCUGAGACCCCCACCCCGGACAAGUUACAUUCUUUCCUGGCAAAAGCAAAUGGAAUCGGUCUCCUGUCUCCAGCCUGCUUGAUCUUUCAUCACAGGUUAUUCUUUCUAAUCUCAAUCCCAUUCUUUGUUUAAGAGCAAUACUUGCGGUGGUUACAGGGAGAUCCUUGAGCAAAAUUAAUUCUUAUUAGAAAGCAGUCUGAUAGGCCCUACACAUUUCAAGUGUUUAUGAAAGUGCUUGUAGUCAUUUUUUUCUGUUUGUUUGUUUAUUUGUUUGGGGGUUUUCUUUUUUCCUUUUUUUUUUUGAGAACACUGUAACUCAGUGAGAUCACAGUACACUUGGCCCUGGGUAAAAUUCUGACAAUCAGAGGUCAUUUGAGAGGAACAGACUUAUUACAGAAAAUCAAACAGGACUGAUAGAAGCUACUCGGUAAAGACUAUCCCACUGCAUCUCCAAAUUGUGGCUUUGGGGGUUUUUUGUUGCUGCUGGAGGAGAGACCUCAUGGUUCUCCCUGCUCAACCAUUUCAGCGUAUUUGUGUUGAAUUUCAUCUGGGGAGUGCUCUGUCCUUAGUUGCAGCAGCACAACUUGAGACAAUUCCACCAGGCUAAAUAAAGGAAAACGGAAACCAGUUAAGUGGCACAGUGUACAGGGGAGGCCGAGACAGAGCCGCGAGGAAUAUAAUAUGUAUAUAUGUAAAAGCAUAUAUAUGUUAACUAUUGAGAAAAACUAAGAGUUUUGCAUUUUAUAAUUGGAGGUAGUCAACAUAUGAUGUAUAUUUUUGUUUGUUGCUGGGUUUUAUUUCAUUUAACCUCUCUUUGCACCCUCUCCCACAACAAAUAGCCAAGCAUCAAAAGCACUUUCAUUUGAAAACUGUGUUGCAAUUUUUCAGUUAAAACUGUAAGGGACUUUGGCCUUGUUUAUGCUUCUAGUUGUCUGAGAACAGUAGUCACCCCGGCAGCCAUCACUACCAAAACACAGACAAACCAAAGUAACCAGCCGGCCCACCACUGAGAGGAGAAUCAGACCCGGAUCCCCACUUGGGAGAGCGGAAGGCUAUGCCCUGUCACGGUCUGUGUUUGGCCUGUGUUCAUGUUAGCGAACGUAACGUUGCUUUAUUUAUUGAUAUUUCUUUUCAGGGAGCUUCACCCACUCCCCUUCCGUGUAUCCCUGCCCCUGGUCACCCCAUUUCUGUUGUUCCUUUAAUUCUCAAUGUCACCGUAACCAUCAGUUAUCUCGUAUCAUUGGCAAAGCUACAUGACAGUAUUUGUCGUGCCCUCUUUACGCACGCGCACGGCCCUGAGCUGUUCCGACCCAGAGGUCAUUCCAGUUGCAGUGUGGACACCUUCACCCUCCCUCUUGUGUGUACGCACGCUCUCGUUUGCUCUGUCUCUCUCUGGCCUUGGAGGUGUACCUGCUGGUCUCCGCUCAGACUCCUUGGCAGAAUCUGCUUUUGACUAUCCCCAAGAUGGGGAUGACCCUCCUCCCCCCACAAUUAUCAUCAUGUUGGGCAUUUCUUUUCCAGAUUGGCCUGUGAUGGAAAGGAAAGCUUCUGAUUAGUAGGGGGAAUAAAUGGCAGCAGAAGACCUAUAGCUCCCUGCCCCUUGUCCCUACCAUGCAAAGAAACCCCACAAGACAGCCAGUCUUAGAAAAGCAAAGGACCUUCUCCCCACCCCACCACCCGCCAAUAGAAAUUGGAAAAUCUGGGCCUUUUGGGGGCUACCAUUUUUUCCUCAUUCGUGCCAAUGUCCAAGUUGCAGAUUCCCCCUUUUUCCUAUAUUGUAACAUAUUAGAAAGAUAAGUUGAUAUUGCCAGUUGGAACUUUCUGUUUGGGCAGCCCGGGGAUAACACCCUGCCCUGAACCCCAUGAUUUUAUAGGCUCUUCUUCUCUUAGGGCUCAUGCUCCCAUAAAUUCCUAGCAAAAUUUAAAGGUGGUCCCUCCUGAUCAAAUUUUUCUCAUUGUGGAACUUUAAACCUGGAAGCCUUCGCAUAGGCUACUGAGUUACAUUAAUUACUGCAAAUCAGUGGAACUUUUAAGAGACAAGAUAAGCUUCUUGUAGAUCCCCAUCCUACCCUCUUCCCCAAUCCUUGCUUUUAUAUACCAUCUUAAAGGGUUUUAAAGCCCAAACACUUGUCUAGCAAGUGGAGAGCCUAAUUUACCAAAAUUAAACUUGUAAAUUAUUUGUGUCCUUGUAUGUAAGUUUGCUUUUCAUGAGGAAAGAUUCUAGAUAAUGACAAAUGAAGAUUACGAAAUGUAUUUUACUCCUGUGAUUAGGUUAAGUGCACAUGGGUCAUAACUCACAUGUCGAGCCCCCGCUGGUGAAGGGUGAGAGAGCUCGGCCUCAGAUGGCCAGUUCACUUGUUCAGGUUCGUUAGUCAAAGCUAAGUUUUAGAACUCCUUGUAACGGUAACAAAAAUCAUUUUCUUUCUUUUUUCUUUUUUUUUUUUCUGUUGUUGUUGUGGAAAAGUGUGAAUUUGUUAUUAAGCAUUUGAUUUUCUGUGUCCUUAAGUACUGCCUAAAGAUAAAGCAAAUUUUAAACUGGCAAUUACGAAAAAGAACUAUUUUAGCUCUGAAGAAUUUAGUAGACUUUGUUAGAUUAGGGAGGCCUUACAGACUGACUUGACUUACAGAGGACGCGUCACUCACUGUCAGUGUGGUGUGGGCUUUAUUUGCUUAAAUACCUUCAUUUGUAUAGUAUGUCUCACUUGAAAUUGCUUUGUAUACAUUUUGUAAAAAUAUUUAUAAAAUGUUUUGUAAAAAAAAGUAUAACAAAUUGCAGUUUAUUUUGUUAUGUUGGAUAAAUACUGUUAAAAAGAAACCAGUCAGUAACUAUAUUGUUAAUCCAUGGUUAGGAAAUGUUUAGUUGGAGAUUACAAAAUGAAACAACCAUUGCAAUACAGCCAAAGAUUUGGGAAAAUG